UUUUACUCGUAGUAGUUCUAUCGAUUAUUUCAUUAACAAUCAACAACACAAUCAAAGAAAACUUUUGCAGCUGAAGUAAAUCAACGUAAAACGCGAAAAUAUACUCAGGAUUUUGGCUUAUGUUAGCAAAUACGAUUGAUUCUUUUUCGAAAAUAAUAUAUCUUAAUGAUCGUCGGCAAGAUUACAGCAAGCUGAAUAUAAUUAAUGUAUAAGACCUUGAAAAUGAUUUCAGUGUCAGACGCAGCCACAUAUUAUUGGAGUGAUUCACGGUUUACGACUAAUGCGAAAGUCCAGAAUUCGUUUGCAACAUUUCAAUUUCGCAAUUGAACAAUUUCAAAAUUAUAAAUGGUUUCUACUGAUUGAGAAAAAAAUAACUGAAUUUGGUUAAAUUUUAGUCUUUAGAAGGGUCUCAAUAUAAAAUAUAUAUUUAGCAGUGAUGCCCUGCGAAGCAUGUCACGUACAAUUUACGGUGUUCCGCCGUAAACGAAUAUGUGCGGAUUGCAAGCGAUUUUACUGCAGUAAUUGCUUAUCGACGGCCAAACGUCGGAACAGCAAUAGUGUACAUAUUUCUUCGGGGGUGCAGUUGUGCAGACGAUGUAUUAUUUUCGCUAAGCGUCCUCUUCUCCGCACGGAUUUGUUACAGCUAAAGCCGAAGGAUCUGAUUUUUUAUCUGCAAUCGAAACAUGUUUCAACAACAGGUUGUGUUGAAAAAGAUGAGUUGGUAGGGUUGGUGCUGACGCAUGUACARCAAAUUGAUGCAGCUGCUGGUGCCUCGGAUAAUGCUAGUGCUCGCAGCUACACCGACGCAUCAGCAAAUUCAUUUGACAGUUUGAAACAGACGUGCCAAAACUUUUUUACAAGUAUUACUGAAAACAUAAGUGAUUCUCUAAAUUCCUUUGAUAAUAAAGGUUCACCGAAAGAAUCCGGUGAAACGAGUGGUCGAACGCGAUCAGAACGAAGUUCAACAGACAGUACAACGACACACAUUUUUGAUCAGCCAAGAGUUUCAACUCGAGAAAUACCCACUUACGCUAGUUUUCAACAACAAUCUAACAAUAACCCCCAAACGGAACAAUCAACAAUAACAACAUCAUCACCAUUACUCACUAUCCCGCUAUCAACAGUUACAACAAAUGCGUCAGUUAGAUCACCAACAUUGGUGAGUAGCAGCUCUUCUUCGGUAACUACCAAAGGUAGUAGUCAAUCCUCUGUAAGCCCUGAAAUUAGUAUUAGCUCAAUUGAUCGUGGUGAGACGGAUGAGCAUCCACUUGCUUCAACUUCAAACAGUCAACGCGCUGGAUUGACUCGUCAGGAAGCUGGUGAAGAAAAUUCUGAUUGCGAAUGCUCAGAUGACGAGCUACUAGCCACAUUUAGCGGUCUCUCAUUGGCGCGWAAUAACGAAGUGGAGUUAUCAUCGAAUAAGGAUUCACAUAAAAAUACAGAACCAGAUGAAAACGUUGGUAGCAAAUCAAGGACCAGUGCUGAUAUAAAUUGUGCUGAGAUGUCUUCGCAAUCGUCCUUUGAAGAGCUGGGAGCAAUUGGCGGUAUAUCAGAUGAGAGUAAAGCAACCACUGACACUAACAGUAGCAACAUGGAGCAAUGGCAAAUCCUUGAAACUACCAUGGUGCAAACCGCUGAAAAUCCCGUAGACGAACAAUCUACAUUAUUCGGAUGUAAUACCACUGAUACUCCAUCGAGCAGUGAUAUCGUUAAUAAUGAUGCAAUAGCAACGAAUAUGCCAAACGAUUUACAAGUGGCUUUGCCAUUUUUACAACAGGACCAGGCACAAUCCCUUAUACCAUCGGUACCACAACGCAUAAAAAAAGUAACUCGUCGCCGUUCAGAUAGCUACCUUAAUAGACAACGUCAACAGCACACUAGCGAGGACGAUUCACCAACCGAUAAUAUUGCACAUAAUGCGGAUAUGACACUGCAUGAACACGAUGCCGAGUUGGGUAAUAAUGCACUUGAGACUGAGGAAGAUAAAAAAGUUGCCGCUACCAAACGUGCGGGUAGCUGCCUAAAAUGUGGAAAGCACAAGGCAACGUUGCGUAAACAAGUAGAGAAGAUGCGUCGUCAUCUGGAAAAUGCUCAGCUAUCGGAAACAGAAAUUAAAAAAGAGCUUCAAGAUUUUCUCAGUUACCUCGAACAGCGCAGUAAGUCGAUGGAGUGUUCAGAUACAGAAACAAUGGGAUCGUCAUUGAGUGGUAGAAAUUUAGCGCAAUCGCCAGAGCAGCGGCAAACGCAAGCACAACAACCCAAUUUUUGGGAAGGGGCUGGCAUGUCUCACUGGGAAUAUCAACUUGACGACAAUGAGGGCAUUCAUGUAUAUGCAGGUCCCACUUCAGAGGCGAACGAUUAUAACGCUCAACCGGCGCGUUUUAUAAAUCUGGACGACUUCGAAAGUGUUGAUGACCUCGAAGCUUUAUCAGUGAAACAAUUAAAAGAGAUUUUGAUGCUAAAUCGAGUGGACUACAAAGGUUGUUGCGAGAAGCAAGAACUGCUUGAUCGUGUUCAACGUCUAUGGAAGAACUUCAAGUCGACGCCAGCUGUCGACAAAUUACCUACCGAUGAGCUUUGCAAGAUAUGUAUGGACGCACCAAUCGAGUGUGUUAUACUUGAAUGUGGGCACAUGGCCACUUGCACAAAUUGUGGUAAAGUGCUUAGUGAAUGCCCCAUUUGUCGUCAAUAUAUUGUGCGUGUGGUACGUUUCUUCCGUGCGUAAUUGUCUUGCGGAUAAUACAAUUUGGAAAAAAUGGUUUUGUGAUGGUGUUCAAAACACUAUCUAUUUACUAUAGUCACUAAUCUACAACACGUUGAUGAUGUUAUGUGAAUUUAAUUGCAUGCAUUUUAAGUAGCCUUGGGAAAUUCAGUAAAUUGUGAAUAUAUAAAUAACAAACAUGCAAGUAAAGGAGUGCAUUACAAUCCCAUCGGAUCAGAAUACAAGAAUCCCCAAAUGUAUGCUCCAAAAAUAUUCCCUCUUCUAAUUCUCAUUAAUUGGUGAAAUAGCGUUUUAAGUAUAAAAACUUGUUGAGUUGUUCCUUUUAUGUAAUGAUUUUAUUUUUUUGAUAAAAGUCUUGUGAAGUUUUACCAAUUCCAAUUCAUCUUACCAUUUCUUGUAGUUUCGUGUUAAGCUUUCAAAGCUUUAAUGUAAAGCUCCUGUUCUUUUUUUUUUUACUAAUUAUUUCUUGAGUUUAAGGAGGAAGAUAACUCUAUUCCAUAAGCGCAGUCCAAAAUAAAAUAUCGAGUCUUACCAUUGAAUGGCGGUGCACUCGCUGUGAUGUCAAAUACUACGUACUAACACUAACCAAUAUCCUAUAUCUAUAUAGAUUAUAGUUAGUAUGUAAAAUGUAGUCAGUCAGUAUCUUGUAAUCAUAAUUUUUCUGCAACGUUUAUGUAUAAAUGUACAUACAUACAUACGUAUAUACGGAUUAUUCGAAAUUGUUAAAGUACAACGUUUUUUGUUUUUAUGUAAUUAAUAUUACUAAUUAAACACAUUCCCAAAGGGUCCAGUAUAUGCAAUACAAAUACAGUACCAUACAAUGCAAUAAAUAUUACUUAAAAGAAAKCAAAAACAAAUGUACAUGUAGAGCACUUAUUGUAAGAGUAAUAUAAUAUGAGAAAUACGUAGAUACAUACAAUAAAUCAUAUAAGAGGAUUAUAUUAUAAUAAAGU